UUCAAGGACACUUCCCGCGCGUGCGCCUUCCAGCCGCGGCAUCCUCUUCCGGCUUCUUGCCUCUGCGCCCAGGAGGACCCGCCGGCGCGUGACGCAAAGGAGCCCUGGCCUGGCCUCGCGCAGGGGGCGACGUCACCCGUCACCUCUCACCCAAUUUCCGCGAAAAGCCCCGCCCUUUCCUUUUUGUGGGGGCUAGAAGCCGGUUCACCUCACAAAAGCAGCCGCCAUUUGCGUUGCUGCCCGCCCAGGAUGAAGAUCUGGAGCUCAGAGCACGAGUUCGGACAUCCAUGGGAAACUGUAAUAAAAGCUGCUAUGCGAAAAUACCCCAAUCCUAUGAACCCAUCAGUAGUAGGAGUUGAUGUCUUGGAUCGAAGUCUUGAUAGUCAAGGAAGGUUGCAUAGUCACCGGUUGCUUAGCACUGAAUGGGGCCUACCAAGUAUUGUAAAAGCGAUUUUGGGAACGAGUAGAACUGUCACAUACAUUAAAGAACAUUCUGUGGUUGAUCCUGUGGAAAAGAAAAUGGUACUGAGUUCAACAAAUAUAACACUCACAAAUCUCGUGUCAGUUGAUGAACGAUUAGUUUACACACCUCAUCCUGAAAACCCAGAAAAAACUUUGCUAACCCAGGAAGCAAUUAUUACCGUAAAAGGUGUUAGCCUCAGUAGUUAUUUGGAAUCUUUAAUGGCAAGCACAAUAUCGUCUAAUGCUAGAAAGGGGUGGGAUGCUAUUGAGUGGACAAUUCAACAUUCUGAAAGUGUUCUAAGCUAGCAGUCUCUCUCUACAGCUGCAUUUUAUACUAACUAGUGGGCCGAGAAGCCGUAGAGUGGGUGAUUGGCGAACUAUCCUCCACGCGCGACAGCAUGAAAUCCACAAUGGCAGCUGCUUCAAUGGAAGAUUGACGAACUAUGACAAAUGUUAUUUUUCCAUUAGAUUUUUUUUUGCCAAAAUGAUACUCCAUAGUUUUUAAAGAGAUGUAUAUAUAUUUGUUUAUAUAACAAAACUCUUACAGGACAGAAGCUACAUUUUUAAUGUAUUUUGAAGCUUCCAUGGGACCCUCUAGUUGCCUGAAGUGCAGAUUGACAUAACUAUAUUUCUAGUUUUUCCACAUCUUUAACUUGAACUGUUGGUUUAGUCAAAGUAUGGAAACCUCAAGUCCUCCUGAAGUAAUGGAUUUUGAAGUACAGGUGCGGAUGGAGGAUUAGAGUCUGCAUAAGUACCAUGCUUUGGUAAACAAACUAAGGGAGUUAACUUUUUAUUAUGUAUUCCAUUGUGCCCUCUGGUUAGUAUUUAUUAUUUUCUGUAGAGGUGCAGCUACUGUCCUUCUGUAAAGGACAAAGGUACAAAAAGCACUGGAGAUUUUACCAAUCUCUUAAUAACUCGUUUUAAAUAUGGGAGGAUAGGUAAUGACAGAAGAGAUGACCAAGCUUGUCCAGUGGGCCUUCCUCAGAGUUUGCAAUCUGGGAUCUGCUAUAGGUUUUUGAAUGUUAAUUCCUAUCAAUCCCAGUUAGCAUGGCCAAUUGGCAGGGAUGAUGCGACCUAUAAUGUAGCACAUCUGGAAGACAACAGAUUGGCUACUCCUGGCCUGCAAAGGUCAGCAGCAGAGCUUACAUUUGCUUUAGUAGAACCUCUGUGGGAGCCAAAUUUUACUGGGGCUUUUGUACAACAGUGCUCCUUGUGGUGAAUUGCGCUCUCUGGUGACAGAGGCCUUCUAAACAUUGGUCUUCGUGGGGACAAGAUUGUCUUGCACUGUUUAAAUGCAGAAUCCUUUACCUCUGAUUUUUUAUGCUCAGUCUACAGUUAAGGACAGAGGAACUGUCCUGUUGCUAGCACAAAAUGGCUUGACUCUUUGUUCUUAUUUGUUCAUCCAGUAGGCAUUUUUUUCAGAUAUAUAUUCAUAUGUGAAGAUAACUGAUACCUUAGUGGAAAGUUAGGACUAAUUUAAUAUGUAGUUCUUAGUUCUAAGAAAAUAACUUGCAAAUAUUUUGAUAACUUGGCUGCUUAUCUUGCUUUUAUUUUUCUGUAAUGGAUGGCUGAACUGCAGAAGGAAUAUUGUCCUUUAUCCUUUGCUUACCUGCAUUUCUGUUGAAGUACAUGGCAGGGUGGAAUAUGCUAAUGUGAGGCUGAGCCACCAUCCCACAGAAGGAACACCUUUGACUGAGAUAAUUCAAAUGCCAAGUCACUUCUGAUUUCAACUGAAUGUUCUCCCAAGUAACACUUAGGAAUAGUUCUUUUGAAAUUGGAAAAAAUGAUUGGGAAAACCCUCGUUUAACAAAGGUUGAGAUGACUCUAUAGCUUGAUACUUCAGACAGAAUAUAGGUUAAAAAGAAGAGAGAUAAGCAGAGUAAACCUUUUUAAUGAAAUUGCAAUGGUUUUGAAAGUUUAUGUAAAUUUGGAGGCAGUUAAAUUUUGUAUUUAAAGAGUUAAUUCGGUUUAACAUCAAAAACAAUUCUUUACUGAAUCAUGAAAAGGCUGAUCCUUGGUGAAAUCUCUAGAAUAUAAACCUAGAAACAUCUCAAGUCAAAUGCAUUUUCAAACCUGUAUUUCAGAAUGGUAAUAGAGGGAGAGGACUGAAGUUCCUUAUAUAUAUUUGAAAAUUUCUCCUGUCGACAUAUAUCCAGUAAGAAAAGGGUUUUCUUUCCUUUCUUCAAACUUUGUGUUCCUAUUUGCAUUUCUUCCUUUCUGGGUUUUUAACAAGAGAUCAAAGAAAAAAGAUUGAAGGUUAAAAAUCCCUUUUCUGCUUUUAGUGAGAGUCGAAUCUCACAUAGUGAAAAGAGUAUGACUUCUGCUUAAGCUCAUCGUGCCAGAAUUCUUAUGUGGAAGCACAGUUAUCCAAGAUACAAUGUGAUAUGAACUUCAUGCUUAUGUAAGGAGACUUUUGACAGCAUGUUAUGGGAGGAGGACUUUUCUGUUCCUAUACCAUCUGGCUAAUUUCAGCAGGAAAAGCUAAGGCCUGGCAUUGUGUAUUCAUCUUACCACAUGGAGUUUGAGGAAAUGUUUUAGUGUUUUAACUGAAAACAGCCUGUUACUUAUGAACAGUGUCACACAAGUUCAGGAUUGUAGUGCAUGUAUAUGUACCUCAUAGAAAAUAGGCCAGCUAGUCAAAAUAACCAGCUUUCUUCUGCACAUAGAUCUUAUUCUUAUCCUGUCCCUGUUUCUUUCGGAAAGUACACUUCUUCGUGCUGGUCAUGUUUUAUUUCUGGCUCUUGUCGUCUUUAGCCAUUGAGUUUUGUUUUCUUCAAUAUUCCUUCUACCUACUAAUGGUGAUCUCUCAUACUUCUUCUGCUGCCUACUCUUGGCUCUUUACUGAUGUACCUCUCUGUGAUGGCAGCUCCAUCAUGUAACUUGCUGUCAUUCCUGGUGUUGUUCUCUGGUUGUAGUGGAAACCUCACUGACACUUCCUGUAUAUGAAAGGUUGAAGGAAUGUUUGUUUGCACUUCUCUAAAACGGUCUGCUUUUAGCAGCUCCUGUUGUGGCAUUUUUCUUAUUAAAUACUGAUCAGUCAUCUCUUUAGCUAUUGACAGUCUUUCAACAGCCACAGGCACGCACUUUAUUUUCACUCCAAAGCAGAAUGGCUUGGUUACCAUCAUCUUGACAUUUUGUGGACCUUCGGUGAAAACACUCCAUGAUUUUCCUGAACCUGGUGACUGAUGUUCUCCUGAUGGUGCUAGGCACAAAUCCCCACAAAUCAUGGUGAUUAUCCCCCCUUGCACCUGAUUCAGACAUUCUCCUCAAGUAAAGGCAAAUCGAGUCGUGCUUUUAUCUCUACAUAUCCCUUUCCCUUGUCUAAACCCUUAAAAGUGCUUUUCUUAUUGUUGGGCAUCCCAGCAUGACAUACAUCUAAGCUAACCUUUUGCCAUGUGUCCCUCGCUUAGUCUUUGAAGUAUCUAUAGUGAAACAGGAAAUGGUCUCAACAACAGGAAUGUUGACUGUCACCUUCAUUCUACGCACAGAUGAGUUCAUUGUUCAUUACUACGAUGACAGCGUUCUGGUUCUUCCUGUAUUUGCUUGGUUCAUUAGUGAUUCUUCAGUAGUGAAAAAUCUGGUUUCUCAUACCUGGCUUUGUAGUUUGUACUUAACAAAUUGUUAUCCAUGGAGCUUACAUUUGUUUAUGAGCAUUCAAUUAGAACAAUGGAAAUUGGACUUCAAAGGGCAUUAAAAAACAAAAUAAAAAGCAGACUCUUAAAACAUUCUUUCGUGGCAUCAGGACUUAAGACAGUUUGCCAUAUCAUCUUGGAUCUUGAAUAGGGAGACACUGGCAGAAGGUUUAUGGGAAGGGGGGGGAUCUUAGGGUUUCCCUUUCAGAGAAGGCAGUAAACACCAACUACUACAAUCUGAAUAUGGUUCUGAAGGGAAUGUUUUUACAUUUGUCUCCAGUCUCCAAGCUGUAGAAAACUGGCCAAUAAACCGAGUGCUUCGAAGUUUGUUUCAAGCUGUCAAAUUAGUUACUUUUUCAGUUAGAGAAGGGAGAGGGACAUUCUUCAGCUUCAUACCCAUAAAUUUCUCAUUUUACCUUACAGUAAAUCUUAACACAAGCUAACAAAUGUUCCUUUAAGGUUAAAAGAGUACAGUGCUAGGAGGAAAGGAGACAAGUUCUCUAAAAAUAACAUAGUAAAGUUGCAGGCAAGAGAACAAUAACUAAAGAAUAAAUCACAGCAAAUGCUUAAGACCUUCGCCUUUCUGUGCUUUGACUAAGCUUUUUAAAGCAGAGAAUCUUUUCAUGUCAGGUGGUAAAUACCAAGGACAUCUGGGGGCUAUGAAUAACAUGCCCUACUUAGCAAACUGCCUUGUUUUUCAUUAUGGUGAAACAAAGCCUGCGUCUGUAUGUAUUGUUAAGCAAUAUGAUCAUGCAAUAUAGGACUGAAUCAUAAAAACUAAAAAUAGCACCACUAUGAAGGCUAGAAGGUGUAAUUCUCUGGUCUCUGUAAUUGAGAUUAUGGAAGCAUCUGUGGACUCAUUACAGCAGAAUUAUAGGUUCAAAGCAGUGGAAAUACUGUCAAAACAAAGACUGGCACUCCAAGGAAAUUAUGCUUACUAUAUUGAAUGCAAGGCGAUUGAUUUAUCUGCAAAUAUUGAUAGGGCUGCACUGAAUGUGUAUGGAAAUAACUGAACUUGUGUGUUAAGUGUUCUGUUGUAACAGUUGUUUGGUGCAUGAUGACAUGACUGGAAGUAAUAUUGUGCAAAAGAUUGGUCCACCAUAAUCCCUCAGUGACCAGGGGACUUAAAAAUAUUGUAUAACAGUCCCUGCAAGUUAUUCAAAAGCUAUGCUGUGAAUUUUUAAAAAAUGUUUCUAGGUAAGCAUAUUUUUUGGUUCUGAUAUAUAAAAACAAAAAUGAAACACAAAAGAGAUGGCACUGUGCCCAGUUUUCAUAACAGAAAAUUCUUGUUGGUCUCUGAUGAAUAAAGGAAAGAUAAUGCUACCUGA